AGGAGAACAAGAAGAAAAUUGCAACUUUAUCUGUACGUUGGUUGAGACAGAUAGAAGUUGCUUUUUCGUUUCUUAGUGGCAAUUAGGUUUCUUGUCGCUUAAUUUUGAUUUUGCUUGUUUUUAUUUAAACGUCACAUUUUCUUAUCUUUAUACUGUAGGCCUAGGACAUUUGCAAACAUCCAAGUUAACGACUCUUCAAGUUGCAAAGAGGCAAUGGACUAUAAUGCGAGAGUGAGGGGGCAACAACCAUCUCGCAUGCCAAGAGGAGGACACCCCUCUCACCCCCCGAGGAUGAUGAAUAGCAUGUUCAGCUAUCAACAAAAGCGAGAUGACCCUCACCAACAACCACAACUGGAUUACAGUCCGGCUUACCCUCCCUAUCCACUUGAUCAGCCGCAGUACCACCAGUAUACUCAGGUGCAGCCCCCGUGUUUCAUACCGAGUUCUGGAAUGUAUUGUGAAUCCCCUGCAGUGUACAUAAACCCACCGACACCUCCUGUAAACACCCCACCUUUGUCAGUCGUCCCCUCCAAGAAUAUACAUUUUAACAGUAGAGAGCAAUUGUUGACAUGCUCUAAUUGUAUGCACAGGAAUUCUUUACUCGAGAGUGAAUUUUUUAAAACCGACAACAAUAUUACAUCACUUUCACAGUCAAAUAAAGAAAAAGAACAUACAAUUGCCAUGCUUACACAGGAAAAUAAUGCCCUGAAAGUAAGAAUAGGAGAAUUGCAAGAUGAAUUAAAUAAACGUAUUUCACUAGUAACUAAAGUUGGUGAAAUUGGUUCAACAGAGCCCAUUGAAGCCUCUGUUUUAUGCAAAGCUUCAGAACUGUCUCCAGAUGCUAAAGAUUUUAUCCCGAAGAAAGCCGAGCCUAUGGAUCUCAACACAGUCACUAACACCAUUGCGUCUGCAACCUGUGAUGAUGUACCUGUUGUGUCAGCUAAAGGGGUGACUGAUGAACCGACUGUAGAGUCUCAGGCAGAGGAUCAUCAAAUGGAAGAAUUGGCGAAGACUGAUCCUGAUAGUCCAUCAGAAAAUUGGGAUGAAACUUCAGUUGAUGUAAACCAUGAAGAUACUAUGAGUAAAAAAAAAUCACCUCCAUCAGAGCUUCCUGUGGAGACAACAGACGUGAAAAUGAUCCAACCUGAUGUUUCAUCCAAUGUUAUAAAGCCAGAGUUGGCAUUUGAUGAAAGGCAGCGAAAUGAAGAUGUAUCUGUUAGUAAGAACUCAGAACCUGACACAAAUACACAAGGAGAUACAAGAAUGAACAGAAUGGGAAGUCGGCAACCACAAAGUGGUGAACCAAGGAAUGAUUUUGCACAAACUCAUCGGUCUGGCCGAAGUAAUCAGAGGAGAAGAUUCGAUGACAACAAUGGACCACAUCAACCUGUAGGCCGUGGAAGAGGAGCUCGUCAUGGUCAAGAGAAUUAUACUGACAAAAAUUCAAACUAUCAUGGAAAACAUUCUAAUGACAGGGGGAACUACAGUAGCAAUUUAUCAAAAAAUCAAAACCAACAAAAUAACAGAAAUAACCAGUAUAGUACUCAAGGUGGUACUAAUUCCCAUAAAGAAGUUGGACCAAGGGAAUCUAAUGAUACAAGAGAUGGGCGUGGCAGUCCCCUAGACACAAAUCUACCAAAAGACAACAAGGAAAGUCUUCCUAGAGACUCUUCUGGUAAUAGAGGUACGAGGGGAUGGGAGCAUAAAUUAAAUAGCCGAGAUGGAAACAGGCCUCGUCAAGAAGAUGUGGCUAUCCCACGCCCAGAGAACAAUAGUGGCACCCCCUAUACACAUGACGACUCCUCCAGGCGAUCCAGACAAGAUUCAAGUGGACCUAAAUCUCAAGAUCAGAGACACAAAAGGGAUGAUGCAUCUCAUCAAAACAAUGGUUCAUGGAGAGGGGAGCAGAGCAGACAAAGUAGCCGAGUUGGCAAAAGGCCGCAUCCAGAAGACUCCAGUGGUUCCCGCUCAGAGAACUGCAGUGGCACUCCUCGCCCACAUGAUGACUUAUCUAGGCGCUCCAGCCAGGACUUGAGCGGACCUAGGAAUCAAGAUCAGAAAUUUUAUGAAAAGAAUUAUAGCAGUAACAAGGACUACAAUGGUGGUUAUGACAAUAACAAUGGAAGAAGAAACAAAAAUAUUGUUCAUGAAGUCAAAGGUGAUUUGUUUGCUGCCCCUCAAGAAGCAUCAUUGGCUCACUGUGUUGCCAGAGAUUUCAGGAUGGGAAGUGGAAUAGCAGUCAGGUUCAAAAAUGAGUUUAAAUGUGUUCCUGAAUUAAUGGACCAAAACGUGAAUGUGGGAGGUUGUGCUUAUUUGAAAGACAAAGAUCGUUACAUAUUCUACAUGGUGACCAAGUCGGUGAGCAAUGGAAAGCCAUCAUAUGAAACUGUGGAAAAAUCUCUGAAGGCUAUGAGAGACUUGUGUUGCAAGUUCGAAGUCACCAAGCUGGCCAUGCCUCGCAUAGCAUGUGGUCUGGACAAGCUGGAAUGGAACAAAGUUAGACGUAUCAUCAAUGAUGUCUUCCAAGAAGCCGGAAUCCAGAUAACUGUGUAUGAUUUCAAUGUGGAAGGACUGUCUGAGGCGGAGGGAAACAAACCAGCUCAGUCAGGUGUCUCUGUCAAACAUAUAGUGAUGGAUCUAGUAACCAUCGCCCCUCAGACUGCUUUGCUGUUUUUGGGUACAGAAGAUGGCCACUUGGAUUCUGCUGCCACUAAUCUCAAUAAUAAGUUUAAUUUUGUCAACCACUAUAAGAAAACAAAAAAGAUUGUUGGGAAAACAUAUUGUAAUGAACUCUCUAAUGACUACUAUAUAUACAGUCUUAUAAUAGCUAAAACUCCAAAAGACAAAAUUUUGUUCACCGAUGUGGAGGAGUGCUGUAAAGACUUUUCUAAACUCUUAAAAAAGCACAAGUUUGAAUUUGUGGGGUUAGAAGUGGCAGUUGAGUGGAGUGGUGACACCACAUUUACAGAGAAGAUUGUGACUUUGCUACGCAACACCCUACCCCGAAGUGUAAAGCAGUUGUGGGUGUGUUACCGUGACCCUAAGGAUGAUGUCCAUGACAUGCACGGCAAACAAUCAUCCAUGCCCAAGCAGUCCACUUCUUAAAUUCAAUAAAUUGUUUUUCAUAUUUGUGGUGCUAUAAACCAAAGAUUCUAUGUAGAAUAUACAUUCUCCUUACAGAUGGGGGCUGUAUUGAAAAACUAUUGUUCCUACAAUUAUCUAUUUUAGUUUUUCAUAUGUGUAUUACAUUUUAGUACCUAAGUUUUCUUAGAGAGAGCUGUUUUAAUAAUAUUAUUUUGAUUACUUGUAAAUUCAUUUGGUUUUUUAAAGUUUGUGUAAAGCUUUACUGUCAUUAUUUUCUGUAAAAUGAUAUGCUUUUCGUAAAGCUUUAUAACACAGACCCAUUAUGUGUCUAGAAAAUUUUGUUUUGUCAUAAAAAACUAAACUGCUGUAUGCUACUUUAAGUAUUUAUUUGUUAAAAUCACUGGCCUAAAACUUAAUGCCAGUGUCGUUAAAUGAUGCCAAUGUCGUUAAAUGAUUUGUGUUGAAUAUUACAGUGUUGUUUCAUAUUUGAUUCAGACAUUCACUAUGAAAUGUUGCAGUAAUAAGACUGUUUGAUAGUUUUAUGCUUAUUGUCAUAUAAUAUUGUAGUUUAAUCCCUAGAAUAAGUUAUAUAUGUAUAUUAUAUUAAAUGAUGAUUUGGAACCUUUUUAAGUAUAGAGCUAGAAAGUUUUAUACUUAUAUUAUUUAAUUUUACUACUCUUACCCGUUUCUACUUUUCCACCCCAUAGACAAUUAGCCUAAACCUUUUCACGAUGAUUAAAACUUUAAAUUUGUAAUGUUAAGAAAAUCUAAUUUGUAUGCUCUCAUUAUUAUUUUGUCCAUCAUUUAAUAAGUAAAAAUAUAUGACAGUAAUAGUAUAUUUAACAUUAAAAUUGUCAUAGUGUGGUUUAUUGUAAUGAUGCUGUACGCACAUACACUAUAUAUACUUUUUCCAACAAUUCUGUGAAACAAGUGCCUAACUGCAUUACAGUGCCUUAUUGUAGAAAGUGUAGUCUGUCUACUCAGGUUCCUAGACAACGGCUGUGGCUGUAUAUUUUCCAUAUUAUAGCAUUUCUUGAUUCAUCUUCUUUGUUUUAUGAGAUGUUAACUUUGAUUAUUUGAUGUUUUCAUUAUUUCUUCUCUUGUACAUUAAACAAUAAUACAAAUGAAUGCUAUUAGAGAUUAAAAGUUAUUCUUUUACUAUGAUAAACUAUUAGUUAUUUUAAAUUGGAUUUUAGUAAAAAGGUUGCUUUAAAUACUUUGAGCGGUCAGACAAAUGGCCGUUCAUGUCACCGUUUGAAUGAUUUUGGAUAAAAAAUUAAGCAAAAUGUAAUGAAAACAUCAAAUUAUAGGCACAUUUAUUGUUACCAUUUGUGCCAUUUAUUUAUUCUUAUUGUAUUUGUUAUAGCAGAAGAGAAUACUGCCUAUAAUUUUGUAUUUGUUCUUUUAAUAAAAUGGUUCAGUUAGAAGGUAGUUAUAGCUUUGUAAAUAUAAUCAGUAAAUAUAUUUUGCUCAAGUUUAUAAUGAGGUCCACAUAGAUAAUGUAUUCUUCUAUAUUUCUGAACACUUGGGUGUAUUUGUUUAUGUUGUAUGGGGCAUUUUUAUUUUUAUUUGGGAUUAUUGUAUAACACUUUGUGUUUAUAGAUAAUUAUUAUAAAUAAUUAUAAUAUUGUGUUAUUGUAUUUCACCAUUUAUAACUCUGUUUUAUUAUUUAAUUGAAAGUUAGGGAUUUUAUUUUAAACCCUCUUCACAAUUUUGUUCCUUAACGGAUUUUGUUAUUUUGGGAUAUGUAAUUAGUACCUUGCUAUUUCUUAUGUAUGUUUAUCUAUUUUAUUUCUUUAAGUAUGAUAAUAAAUGAUUUACCUGUGUAUAAUAUGGGUUUUUUAAAAUACAGUUUGUAUUGAAUGGUUAGGAAUUAAUUAUGUUCUAAUUGUAGUGUCUCCUUUUUGAUAUCAACCUUGUUAGGAUUUAGUGACAAUUUUAGAAUAAGACUGUGGCUAUGUAGUUUGUACUAUUGUGCUAUGUUGGUGGUUAAUGUUUUUAAAUUUUAUAUUGAAAACUGCUAUUGAUUUUAAUAAUAAAAAAAUAACAAAUCUCGAUUAACAAAGAUUUAUUUCCAGUAUUAUUACAGAUAUUUUGAGUACACCACUUCUGACAAUAUUAAUGUUCAAUGUUAUUUUGUUGUUUGAAUAUACAUUUACACUACAAAUCCUUUGAAUUCACUUUCAUAAAUGUAGAUUUUUAGAAAACUGUAUUCUCUUUAAAGAAGAAUUAAAAUUUUGUAUAUAAUUUGUUAUAGCAUUUCAUGCUGAUAUUUCUGCAAAAAUUUACAAAGAUAAAAAAGAUAUUAACUCUCUUUUAGUUAAUUGCCUCAAAUUGUCUUGUGUUUUCAUCUCUCUCUGCUUUGUGCUGUCAUCAUGCUCCAAUUAAAAAAAAAACUUUAUGAAGUAAUCUCUCUGCAGCAAUGUUUCUCUUCUUCACUGAAUGUUCUUUUUUCAUUGUUGCCACUUAAGAGAUAUGUUUUGUAGAUCAGUGUAUUGACAGUGAGACAGAGCCGUUCAUCAAAAUUUAUUAAUUCUAUCAAUAACAAGUCUACAAUACAAUCGUAAUGUUCCUAUGUGCAAAAACAAUUAUUUGAUUUAUUCAUAUUUUUACUAAAGCAGACACCAUAGUGUGAGCUGGGAACAGAUAGUACUAUAGAUAUUAAAUAUAGCCACAAGGAAUUUGUUUAAAAUGUUAACUAGUAUUCCAUUUAUGUAACGCAUUGAUUAAAGCAGACACCAUAGUGUGAGCUGGGAACAGAUAGUACUAUAGAUAUUCAAUAUAGCCACAAGGAAUUUGUUUAAAAUGUUAACUAGUAUUCCAUUUAUGUAACGCAUUGAUUAAAGCAGACACCAUAGUGUGAGCUGGGAACAGAUAGUACUAUAGAUAUUCAAUAUAGCCACAAGGAAUUUGUUUAAAAUGUUAACUAGUAUUCCAUUUAUGUAACGCAUUGAUUAAAGCAGACACCAUAGUGUGAGCUGGGAACAGAUAGUACUAUAGAUAUUCAAUAUAGCCACAAGGAAUUUGUUUAAAAUGUUAACUAGUAUUCCAUUUAUGUAACACAUUGAUUAAAGCAGACACCAUAGUGUGAGCUGGGAACAGAUAGUACUAUAGAUAUUCAAUAUAGCCACAAGGAAUUUGUUUAAAAUGUUAACUAGUAUUCCAUUUAUGUAACACAUUGAUUAAAGCAGACACCAUAGUGUGAGCUGGGAACAGAUAGUACUAUAGAUAUUCAAUAUAGCCACAAGGAAUUUGUUUAAAAUGUUAACUAGUAUUCCAUUUAUUUAACACAUUAUCUGAAGCUUAUACACAACAGUCAAUUUCUGCUAUAUUCUUAUAAUUUUUGAAACAGCUGCCAAAACAAGUAAUAAAGUGUUUAUUUCCAGUAUAGUUCCACUACAUUUCUACUUCUGAAAUCAAUGUUUUAAAAUAGUUAUGUUUGAUUUAACUGCUGUAAGAUAUAAGUAAAGUAUUGUAUUAUACUAUUUAUAUAGUUAAUAUUCAUGUUUAUGACUUAGUUAUUGAGUUGUAUUUCAACAUUUCAUAUUUAUUUUAUAACAUUCAUGCAGCUCAUAGUAGAUUUUAAAAGGUUUGCCAACUUUUCUUAAAUUUAAACUUUAUCCAUUUGUUUAUGUAUAAGUUGCAACAGUCUGGCUUAAUGAUGGCAUCAUAUACAUGAUUUACAGGCAAUAUUGAUGCAGUCAUGUGUCUAUAAAACCAUGAAUUUGAUCUUGUUGUAGAUUUUUUCACUAUUUAUUAAUAUAUCUUAUUUAUUGUUAAAGAAGAUGUUUAAGAAUCGCAGAGUAACUUUGGUUGUCAUAAUAAAUUAACUCUUAAAUUAUUGUAGUUUUUGGGCUACUGUUAUUAUGAUCAGCUGACCUGGAUUCUAACUAAUAAACAGGAGAUGGCUGAUUGGUACUUGUGAAAUGUAUUCCUUACAUUAUUGUAGUUUUAUCACACAUAUCACUAGGCCGUUAUGAAGUACAAUGUUACUAUUAAUGCUGACAUGAUUAAUUAUGUUUACCAAUUUUAAUACUACAUCAACUGUAAUAAAUAUUAUAUUAAUAGUUUCAUCACCUAUGUUAAGUCAGUAUGAGAUGCCACCAUUGCACAAAUGGCUCAAUAGUUAUUUUGUUAUCUUGAAGUUUAUUUUCUUAAAAUUAAGUAUUUGGUAUUUUUUUAACUCAUUAGAACCAACUAAAAAUACAUAUAUUUCCACCUAAAAAGGCCAAGUCACAAAAUAUUAGUAUUUUAGGUUUCAGUUAACCAAAUUUAUCAACUUAUUAACACGUUCACGAUGACGUGUACCCCUUCAGGUACACACCGGGCUUUCGUAAAGCGUGUCGUGCACCCUAUGUGGUACACGUUGCUUUGCACUUCAUUAUAGCGUUUUUAUUGUUUGCUUAUCGUGAUGGUUUGUUAAAUGUGAUCUCGCACUUAAAUAAAUACCUCAGACUAUAGUGUACCCUGUCAAAUGCACUAUUGCUUAAUUUUUUAGGUACACCGUGGGUUAUGCGGAAAAACAUUGAAAAACAAAUAUUUGAAUAAUUUUUUUGUACAAAAUUGCUAAGCUUACAUACAUUUCUCGUUAUACUUAGACGUGUUAUACUUAGAUGUCUUAGACGUGUGGGAAAAUAUUGUUUUUUGACAUUAUUAUUGAAAAAUUCGACAGCAAAUAAUAACUUCCUGAAAUAAGCCGUCGUCAUGAACUUGUUAAUGUGAGGGCAAGUUAAAUAUAAAGCAUAUUUUGUGUGUACUGUUAUAGUAGGAAAUAACACAAAAAUCUGUGUUUUCAACAUAGUCUCCUGCAUACUCUACAUAUUUUUCCCAGUGUUUUCAAAAAGUUUUAAGAUUCCUUUUUCAAAAAACCUUAGGUUUAGUAGUCAACUAAUUGUAUUCUUCAACUUCAACUUGUAUCCCUUUCAAUAUGGCGCCUUUCAAGAGCACUUUAUCUUGAAAUUAAAUCAGAAGUCUUUCAUCUGAUUUUUGGUUAACAACUUCUGAAGCUAUCGGGUACAAACAUUUAUGGAGCCUAGAUGCUCUUUGAAAUGGGUUUAUUCCAAUUGAUUUAAUCAACUACUAGCUACAGUUACCUUUGAUAAGAUUUUAAACUGCACUAAAAUUUUAUGUUGUCGUUUAUAAGGCUUGAUAUGGAACGUCAAUGAUGACAAUUUAAAAAAUGGUUGCUCAACCAAACAUGAACCUUAGACAGGAUAUUUUUACAAACUACAGCUUCAACCGAGUUAAACCUAGCAGUCUGUAUGUCAACCUGACACAGAAGCUAGGUGCUUGAUGUAGAAUUCAAUUUAUGUAUGAGUUUACACUGAACUAUCAUUCUAUCCAAAGGUUUUUGAACUGUCCAGUUAUUCCUAGAUAUAUGUUACACAUUUAAUUUUCUCAUAUAUUUUUCUAACUGAAAAUUUUAACACAUAUUAUUCAUUAAAACAUUAUUGCUUUAGCUUAGUUUCAUCAAAAUAUAUUUUUACAGAACUAUUUUCAUUCGGUAUAACAAACUUUUUAUGUAAUGGUAGCUCCAUCACCUACAAUAUUUAUACAUGAUGAAACAGUAAAAACAACUGCCCCUACAAUCAUGGGCACGUCUAAUGGCUUAGUGAUACAAGAUCAAAUGUUUUGUAACUCUAAUGUUCUUUGCGAGCAAAGAAUGCUACGCAGGUAAACUCAGUAAUUUUCUCCUGCUGUAGUCCGAAGGGGUUCCCACCCCUAGAGAGAGUUAAGGAGAUUGGGGCUUGCUUUCCCCUUCCUUGGCAAAACCAUGACAUCAGUGCUGUAUUCAUUUAUUUUUUGAAUAAAUCAAGAUCUGAAUUUUAAAAGUUGUCGCCUACAUUACUGAAUGUUUAAUUUUUCCUUCCAGAGUAAAAUUGUAUUUAUACUUAUUUGUAUUAAGUGUUUUUAUUCUACAUCCUUAAGAACAAAAACACAUCUAAAAAAUCCAGUACAGUAAUUUAGUUUUAGGCCGGGGAAACUCAGCAUUGUUAAUGGACUUUAGUAAGUUUAAUGUCCUUUGGUGAUGUUUGUCACAAGUUACAGUCACUGUCCAUCAAUAGUUAUGCGCGUAGAGUGUUAUUCUAGAACGGAUGUUAGCGUGCAAAGUUUUGCCUGAUAAGACGUUGCAGCUGGCAGUUUUUGCCUAUAAAGCUGCGCACAACCCAACAUGAUUAAUAACCAUUUGGCUUUGACAUAUCAUCCCUUUAUCAGCAAGUAUUUCAAUAGUUUCAACGGACGUUUCUUUAAAUAGGGCCAUCUGUUAUUAUUACAGGAUUUUAGCUAUUUGUGUUGACAAGUGUGUCUCUGGCUUAAAAGUUUUAAAUUAGAGCGUUUUCAGUAUCAUAAACUUAUAAAAUUUUAUGGGAAACAGUUCCAGUCAAUAUUUAUAUAUUCAUAAUUAUGUAGUGCCUUCAAAAGGUAAAGUAACUUCAGUAAUGCCUUUGUUGUAAAUAACAUACAAAUUCUAUUACAAAUCAUAUCAAUUCCUUAUCUAUGUUAAACAUUACCAAGCCUACCUGUUGCAACAUUAAGCCAAAUAUGACAGGUUUUCUGUAACAAUAAACCUUCCAAUUGUUUGAUUUGAUGGAGGUUUAAUAGCACGUAACUUACUGCCAACAGGCAAACUCUGAUUUCACCAUUGAUUUCCAUCAGCAAUCCUUGAUGAUGGAUCCAAUAUUCAAAAUAGUACUCCAUUGAUAUAAAAAUAAGGGUUCUAAUAUUAGCUAUAUAGCUAAUAUAUCUUUAUGGACAUUAACAUGAUUUUUUUUAUAUCAGCUGGAAGAUAGUCUUGUAGAAAUUGUUUACUGAUUAGUAAUAACUAAUUGAAGGUUAUUCAGUUGGUAAAACAUGUUAACUGUGGCAAAGUGAGUUCUAAUCUUGAAUUUUUGUAGUUGAUGUGUAUUAACUAAUGUUCCAGUUGAUAAAAUAUAUUUUACAUUAUCAGUGAAAGGUUUAAAGGUGAAUGUACAAAAUCUCUUUUCCAGGUUGUAGUGAAUAUUGUUCAUUAUUUAUAAAAAUAAAAACUUAUUAAAAAAUGUAACUUAUAAAUGGUUGUUGUUCCCCAAGAAUUGUUUUUAAUUUUGUAUACUCAAGAUUGUAAUUGCUUUACAAUUAUUUCACUCAGAGUUGUCUGUUACAUUUUCAGUAUAUGGCUAAAACACACUGAUCAGUUUGUAUGUAAUUGAUCGUGGCUCAUUUCUUUGGUUUAAAGUGUAACUCAAUAGUUUUAUUAUUAUUAUGUAUUAUAAUGUAUUGGCAUCUUUUCAGUCUAGGAAAUACAUGUUUUAUUAUUUGUGUAUAAGAAUUGCUAUCUUGUCUGUACGCAUUAUUUGCAUUUAUGUUUACUGGCUUACAUUGUAUUAAACUCAAUUAAAACAGUCUUACUUUAAAAUGAAUUUGGUUUAAUAAAACUUUGCAAAUCA